AUGGCUACGCUACUGGUGCGUCCGCGCGGCUGGCAUCUGGACGAGGCUCAUGUGCUCGUGAACAACCAGAUCAUGUCUGGCUCGCUGUUCGACUUUGGUCUCUACUUCUUUCACAACGCACAUGAGCUGCUGGCGCGUGGCUCGGGCCCGUACUUCUACCUGCCCAAGCUGGAGCACCACUUGGAAGCCAAGCUGUGGAAUGACGUGUUUGUGGCUGCUCAAGGAUACCUUAGCAUCCCGCAGGGUUCCAUUCGCGCGACUGUGCUGGUGGAAACCAUCGUGGCUGUCUUCCAGAUGGACGAGAUCCUGUACGAGCUGCGUAACCACUCGUCGGGUCUCAACUGCGGUCGAUGGGACUACAUCUUCUCGUACAUUAAGAAGUUCCGCAACCACGCCAAGUUCGUGGUGCCCGAUCGCUCAUCGGUCGGCAUGACCACACCUUUCAUGGCUGCCUACGUUAAGCUGCUCGUUCGCACGUGCCACCGUCGUGGCGCUCACGCCAUGGGCGGCAUGGCGGCUCAGAUCCCCGUGAAGAACGAUCCGGAGCUCAACAACAAGUUCAUGGCCGCCGUCACAGAAGAUAAAUCGCGUGAAGUGGCUGCAGGCCACGACGGCACGUGGGUGGCACACCCUGGCCUCGUCAAGAUCGCCAUGGACGCGUUCAGCAAGAUGUCGGGUCCGAACCAGAUCUCGUUCAUUCCUGAGGCAGGCAAGGAUAUCACUGCGGCUCAGCUCAUCGAGCCUCCGACGGGUGCCAUCACAUACAAUGGUCUAGUGGAGAACAUUGACGUGUCACUCGUGUACACAGAGGCGUGGCUGCGUGGCAGUGGCUGCAUCCCGCUCCACAACAAGAUGGAGGACGCGGCUACGGCCGAAAUCUCCCGUGCCCAGGUGUGGCAGUGGAUCCAUCACAGUUGUAAGACUGUGGAGGGCAAGACUGUGACGAAGGAUCUGGUACUGGACAUUCUGAAGGAGUGCGUCAACAAGCGGUCUCUGGAUGCUGCUCCGGGCAACAAGUGGGCACUUGGAGGCGAGAUCAUGGGCAAGGUGUUGACGGGCGACGACAUGGUGGACUUCCUCACGCUGCCGUGCUACCCGCGUAUUGUGCAGCUCGGCUCGAGUAUCUGA